AUGAAGAAAUUGCUCGUGUUUGUUGCACUGUGCAUUCUGAUAAACAGCUGUACCGAUGCAAAAAAGUUUGAAGAGAAAGAAAAACCAUCAUGGGCCAAAAAGGACAUACGUGACUUCAACGACGCUGAUAUGGAACGCUUGUUGGAGCAAUGGGAGGAAGAUGAUGAUCCACUCGAGCCGGACGAACUGCCAGAACAUUUGCGACCACCGCCGUCCAUCGACAUGGCCAGCGUAGAUUCGACGAAUCCCGAAAACAUCCUGAAACUAUCGAAGAAAGGCCGCACGCUGAUGACUUUCGUGUCGGUUAACGGCAAUCCAACGCGGGAAGAAACGGAAGAAAUUACCAAACUCUGGCAGACGAGCUUGUGGAACAAUCACAUACAGGCCGAACGUUACCUGAUCGACGAUAAUCGGGCGAUUUUCAUGUUUAAAGACGGCGCCCAAGCAUGGGAGGCAAAGGACUUUCUGGUCGAACAGGAACGCUGCCUGCACGUGUCUAUAGAAAACAAAGAGUACAAAGGCAAGUCCAACCGGGAUGAGCUGUGA